AUGGAUACCCUAGUGGCCCAGUACACGCAGCCGCCAUUCUCUCAUGAAGGCUAUACUCAAGACGAACAAGAAGACUAUGCUGAAUCAAUACCUCCGCUGUCCCUGAAGUUUGCACUGCCGCCAGUAGACAGACCUGCACAGUUCCUGCGAGCAAUGACAGAUGAUCACUCUAACCCAGAUUGUCCUAUUAAGAUAGCUCACGGCACGACCACACUUGCAUUCAGAUUCAAGGGAGGCAUAAUAGUAGCAACAGAUUCGAGGGCGACAGCUGGAAACUGGAUAGCUUCUCAGACAGUGAAGAAGGUCAUUGAGAUUAAUCCAAUGUUGCUGGGAACUAUGGCUGGUGGUGCUGCUGAUUGUCAAUACUGGCUCGCGUAUUUGGGUAUUCAGUGUCGACUUCAUGAGCUUCGCCACAAACGCCGAAUUUCUGUCGCAGCGGCGUCCAAGAUCCUGGCCAACCUCGUCUACUCCUACAAGGGUAUGGGUCUUUCGAUGGGUACCAUGAUCACUGGUGUCACCCCGCAAGAAGGACCAGCUCUUUACUACAUCGAUUCAGAUGGGACAAGAUUGGCAGGCAACCUAUUCUGUGUUGGUUCUGGUCAAACUUUUGCUUAUGGUGUGCUCGAUGCUCUCUACAAGUACGAUUUGGAGGACGACGAGGCUUUGGAGCUGGGCAAGAGGAGUAUCCUGGCCGCUCAACACAGAGAUGCAUACUCGGGUGGAUAUAUUAAUUUGUAUCACGUAAAGGAGGACGGCUGGGUCAAGCACGGUUUCAUGGACUCGAAUCCAAUCUUCUGGGAGACCAAGCUGGAGAAGGGCGAGUUCUCCAACGUCACAAGUCACCUAUGA